AUCAGCAUCUACAAGGUUGUGCCGUGAUGUGUGUGUUGGCUGUGUUCUGUCUGUUGCUUCUGCAGACUGAAGUUCAAGGUUUUAAAAUUUUAACAGAAAAAUCUAUUAGUCAUGAAACGAUCACUGAGAAAGCAAUCUUAAACGUAACAGCACAAUCAUGCCGUUCUCUGGCCCUGGCUGAGGGUAGGGACUUCACUUUUCCUCCACAGCCUUUCACUGCUAAAUCCAUUGCUACUGCAUGCGCAGCGCCAAAGUCAGUCAAGAGUUUCCUGGACACCAUCAACCAUAUCCAAAGCUUCAACUGGAUAACAGACAUUGCUCACGUCCUUGACUCAGAAUACCAUUUUGAUGAUGAGAUGUUUAUAGAGGGAAAGAAGAUCAUCACAGAUGGCUUAGAUACGGUCAGAUCUGCUAUCCUAAAGAACAACAGCUUGCUUGGGCCAGUAUUGGCGACGUGGGCAAAAAUUAACCUGGGAGUGAUACUUCACCCCUUACAGGAUUUCUACAGUCACAGUAACUGGGUGGAAAUGGGAAACAAACUUCCAAACUCCAAUCUGAUCAUUGCAGGCAAAAGCAUUGGAAACAUAGCAGCCAAAACAAGAAAAACAUGCCGCAAUUGUGAUGGAAACAACUGCAGGAACAACAUUUUGGAAGAUAUCCUUGGGGAAAAGAUACUUACUUCAGGAUAUUUUUCUCUAGUUUCCUCCGGAAAACUCCCAGGAAAAUGCAGCCAUGGAGAUUUCCCUGACCAAACUCGUGACACUGAGCCAACAGGUGGGAUUAACAAGGACACUUACGACUCCAGCCAUGGACAUCUUCAUCAGCAAGCAGCAGAUCUGGCUGUAGCUGCAUCCAGUGAGCUACUGGAGGAAAUUCGACGGACUGCUGGGGACAAGAAAUUCAUUCAGAUGAUGGGGCUCACAAGAGGUAAACCCCUCUGUUUUGUGGUUGACACAACAGGAAGCAUGGGGGAUGACAUUGCAGCUGUAAGAACUGUCACAUCCUCUAUAAUUGACAGCAAAGUAGGAACAGAGGAUGAGCCUUCAGUUUAUAUUCUUGUACCUUUCAAUGAUCCAGAUUUUGGGCCACUGCAACAGACUACUGACCCUGAAGUCUUCAAGAGUUAUAUUAACUCACUGACUCCAAGUGGUGGUGGAGAUUUUCCAGAAAUGAGUCUUUCAGGACUUCAGCUGGCUUUAACUGGCGCUCCUCCUAAUUCUGAAAUCUUCCUCUUCACGGAUGCAACUGCUAAAGAUGACUACCUGAAAGACACAGUGCUCGCACUCAUAGAGCAGACCAAGUCAGUGGUGAACUUCAUGAUUACUAACGUGCUAGGGUUCCGUCGUCGAAGGCAGGCUGACAACAAUCAACAGCAAAGCCGUCAGAUGUUGAGAUCAGAUGGCCAGCUGUACAGAGAGCUGGCUCAGGCUUCAGGAGGUCAGGCUAUUCAAGUUGCGAAAGGUCAGCUGCUCCAGGCCAUCAGCAUCAUAACAACGUCCACCGGCUCCUCCCAGGUGACUCUUUUACAAGCAUCCAGGAACCCUGGAAAAGUUGAAAAUUUCACUUUCACAGUUGAUGAAUCAGUGAGUAACCUGACAAUUUACAUCACCGGAAGUUCUGUCAGUUUUACCCUCAUCAGUCCUUCAGGUGUGCCACAAAAUUUUGACAACAUAACUGGAUCAUCAGUCAUUUCAUCGGAGUCAGUGGGAAACUUUCAGACUGUACGGUUGCAAGCACAAGUGGGAGUGUGGGAAAUGAGAAUGUUGUCAACAAAUUCUUACGGUCUGAAGGUUGUAGGUGAGAGUGCGAUUGACUUCCUGUUUAACUUUUUGAAGGAGUUGCAGGGUCCAUUGGGAGGUUUCGAUCUUGUUGACAAUCGUCCUCCAGCAGGUGGCAAUGGUAGUCUGAUGGUUACCCUAACUGAGAGCAGCACUGCCACAGUGACAGAGGUCACUCUGGUUGAAACAUCAGGAUCAGGGCAGGUUGAUGGUCGUGUGGAGGCUCAGGGUGGAGGAAAAUUCAUUGUCAGAUUUGACAGGAUACCAUCAUCAGAGUUUGUCAUACUUGUUAAGGGGCAGAGCAACAACAGUAUUUCCAGAUCAUCCUCAUCAAGCUUCCAAAGACAAUCAUCCACCGGUCUGAGAGCUUCUAGUCUCACUGUUACUGCUGGUGGUUCAAGCGAUUUUUUAGAGCCAGGAACAACUCUUUCAGUCCCCUUUUCUGUAACAACAAGCGGUGCAGGGGGAACCUUCUCCAUCCAAGCAACCAAUGACCAAAGCUUUGUUUUAUCAUCCCCGACUACCUUACUCCUGGAAACUGGAGGCAGUGCAAAUGGUACAGUGAACCUCACAGCACCUUCUAACACCCCAUCUGGUACUGGUGUCGCCCUGACCAUUCAGGCCACGGCUCCAGGCAGCACAGACACCAACUAUGCUCUGCUGCGUCUCACUGUCCUUAAAAGGGUGACUGAUUUCACUAAGCCAGUGUGUCAGUUGCUCAGUCUGCAGGCCAACUGCUCUGACAACUGCAACCAGUCAGUGUGGGAGCUUUCUGUCCAGGUUACAGACGGGGCUAAUGGGACAGGUGUGAGUGGAAUCACCCUCAGACAAGGCAACGGCACCUUGAACACCAGCAUGGCAGCUGGCAACGGUAACAUUACUCUGGUGAACUACACUGCUUCCUGCUGCUCACCUGAUGUUCAGCUGGUGGCUGUGGAUGGGGUGGGUAAUGAGGAAACUUGUAGUUUCUCUGCCCGUACAACUGUCACACAGGCUGUGACCACUAGUAGCCCACAGACGACAGCUGUUACAUCCUUUUCUGACGGUACAAAUGCCACACAGGCUGUGACCACUAGUAGCCCACAGACAGUAGCUGUUACAUCCUUUUCUGGCAGAGUUGUUCAGUCUGUUAUUCUCUGCAUCAGCAUCACAGUCCUGGGACUCGAUUUAUCCUCUGAGAUGGUGAUAAAUUGAAUAUCAACUUUUUGAAAAUGUUCUGUGGCAAAGGAAUAUCAGUUUACACUGUACGCAUAUAUUAUGCUAAUACAAAGAUGAACAACCCUAUAUUAGAUUCUCUUAAAUAGAUAUCUCAGUUUAAUUAAAGGAGACCUUUAAGUUUUUAAUUAAUUUUAACUCUGUGAUUAUACUUGAGGUAGUUGAAUUACAUUACAAUAAAAUAGGUUCCAGUUUUGAUUAAAACUGUUAGCUAAUAUAAAAGGAUUAAACUGGGUUAACUAAAUAAUUAUCUGUCUUUCGUUAAAAACUUUCAGUAAAACCAGUCAUGACCCAUGACCAUGUGAUCAAUAUAUCGAGGGUGUGUGACUAAAGGAUUCAUGGGGUUUAAAAUAUGUUAUAAUGAAAACCUUGACCUUGUGUGUUAGUUUAAUUACUAGAUCUUGAAGGAUCAGCAGUUUAUUUUACUUUUCUUUUACUUAUCCUAAUAUGUAGUGUUAUUUAUUAUUGGAAAUUAAUUGUAAUCUAGGGUUAUUUGUUUUAUGA